GAACAGGAGCAUGUAGCGCCACCUCGAGGCAACGCUCUUCAACAAUGACGUCACAAGACUUUGUCACGGGAUCGCCAUUUUGUAGUGUUGGUAGGUUAACUUGGUGCUGCAUCUGUACUUGGGAAUAAACCAAUCUCUCUAGCGAAGUUAGUACAACUUGUAAAAUAAUGGCAUCCAGAAAGAAGGUGCUGCUUAAAGUUAUCAUUCUUGGAGACAGCGGUGUUGGAAAGACUUCUUUGAUGAAUCAAUAUGUGAAUAAAAAAUUCAGCAACCAAUACAAAGCUACAAUAGGAGCCGAUUUCCUAACAAAAGAAGUAAUGGUGGAAGACAGGCUUGUCACAAUGCAGAUAUGGGACACGGCUGGUCAAGAGCGCUUUCAAAGUCUUGGGGUUGCUUUCUAUCGAGGAGCAGACUGCUGUGUGCUGGUAUUUGAUGUAACAGCACAAACUACUUUCAGAUCACUGGACAGUUGGAGGGAUGAAUUCCUCAUACAAGCUAGCCCUCGAGACCCUGAGCAUUUUCCUUUUGUUGUCAUAGGAAACAAAAUUGAUUUAGAGAACAGAGCGGUUUCUGCAAAAAGAGCACAAGGUUGGUGCCAUACCAAAGGAGAGAUACCUUAUUUUGAAACUAGUGCAAAAGAAGCAAUAAAUGUUGAACAGGCUUUCCAAACGGUUGCAAAGAAUGCUUUAGCCCAAGAAACAGAAGUGGAGCUGUAUAAUGAAUUUCCAGAUCAGAUUAAGAUUACAAGUGAUCAGAACAAACCUCGAGAAGGAUGUGGCUGUUAAAGAACCUUAUAACAGAAAAAGGGCUCGGUUUGAUGUGCUCUAGCCUUGUGGGUGGGCCAUUCUGACCAUUCCGAGGGACAGCUGCUGCUGCUGUUGCUGACCUCUCAAACAUUAACCACACACACACUUGUUUAGUGUGUGAACAUGUGUUAUGUGAAUGUACAUCUGUGUGAGUGUAUGAAUCUGCGUGUGUGUGUGUGCAUAUAUAUACACAUAUAUAUAUUAUACAUAUUCCUGCAUAAAUAUAUAUAUGCGUGUGUAUUAAAAAAUUGAAUUAUGCAUAUAUAUAUAAUAUAGAAGGAAAACUGUUGCCAUAUGAAAGUGGUAAAACAAUUAUUGGUUCAGCAAGAGAUUAGUUAACAGUUUGUUUUAUUAAAAUUUUAUCCUAUUUCCAUGCACAGAAUCUUUGGUUGAAAGUGAGGUCCCUAGAAAUUUUUUGAAUUGUGUGUGCCCGCAUGUGUUAUAUAUAAUAUAUAUAUAUAUAUAUAUAUAUAUAUAAUGUGUGUAUGUUUAUACACAUCACACACAGUCUUUCUUUUAGACAAAAAUUUGUCCUAAAAUUUUUCUGAAGUUUUCCUAACUUUAAAAUGAACACUAAAUAAAUGCUUUAUAUGCAACAUCCCAUGUAACCCUUGGCUUAGUCUCAACAAUUCUGAUUUUUGUACAGAUAUAUCUUGCAAUACUUAAACAUCAACUUAACAAAAAAAAAGUUUCUAUAGUUAUUAUGCAUCCACUAACAAUUAUAUUUAUUCUUAAUAUCUUUAUCUUUAAAGGAAUUAUUUCUUUCUCUCGGAAAUGAAAAUAAAAGCCCCAUUUGAAAGUGAGCAAAUUUGUUAUAAAUCCUUAUGUAUGUGUGUAUGUAUAUAUAUGUGUGUAUGUAUGUAUAUAUAUAUACAUAUAUAUAUAUUAAUUUAGGCUGACAAUUUUUCACAGAUAAAAUAAACUGAAACUAUGGUGGAAUCAUAGAACAACAAUGAAAUUUGUAUAAUGGUUUUCGAACCUUGUGUGCCUUCAAUUGCACACAUUUUACAUAAUCAUGCAUGCAUACAUUUGCAUAUGACAUACACACACACACACAUAUUUGCACGACACAUAAUACAUGCAUACACAAACACUCAUGUAUGAGGUUCAACCAAUGUCAUAAAUUCAUUAAAAAUAAUAAUUAAUGUAUGCCUGGAAGGCCUGUAAUGAGAAGUAAUAAAAAAAAAAUUUUUUUAACCCAGCAGCAGCUGCCUCCAGUAUGAAUAUGUAAUUAAAACCUGCCAAGAUUUGACAUAACACAAAAUAUAGAAUUGAAUGACAGGUUGCAUGACUUCCUUGGCUUUUGAUUAGUCAAGUUUAUAAAAAAUGGGGUUGAGAAUCAAAGGGAAAUGAGGGAUUGUUGUUGCUCGUGUACAGCAAAUUCAUGAAUAAAGAAAUUGGUUUGAAUCAAAAUGAGCCACAGGCUUUGUCCAUUUCGUCCUAUAUUAGAAUCCUUUGUAAGUCUUUUUUUGGGGGGAUUAUUAUUUUUUUUCUGUCUCUUAGAUAUGACUUAUUUAGAAUGAAGUUUAUCCCAGCUUGGCCUUAUCUGUUUUUAAAGCAGUAUAUUGUGCUUUGAGAAUAGUUUUAGUUUAAAGAAAGGAAAAGAUUUCUUUUAGUUUAUUGCUAUACUUUGUAAAUAAUGCAAAUUGUGCUAAUUCUCUGUUGCCAAUUUCUAGGACCUUCAAUAAUUUUAUAAAUAUAUCUUGGCUUAAUUUAGCUCCUUUCUGGCUGCCAUUAACUAAAAAAGAAAAAAUUUGUUUUUAAUAUUUUUUUAUUACCUAUUCACUUUCCUUUGGUCUAUUCUUCAGUUUUUUCUUUAUGGUAUAUCUCUGAAAAUCUGAAUUUUAUGAACGAGUUACUUUUGAUGCAAAAAAAAA